UGGAGGACGCGCUUCCAGAUGAUCUUUAACAUGUGAUGAGAUUGUCCAACUGCUGAAACACAUAUCAGGGUUUGGCGAUGCAGUGUUUGCGUGGCUAGUGCUUGACAACAAGCCAUCGUUUCAUUUUGGAUACUUUGGAUACUUCUCUCUCGGUUUCAUCAAGCGCUUUUCACUCAGAUCGGAGUCCAGAUAAUUUUUAGUGAUGGCAUUUGCCAUGCUACGGCCCAUGGCGACUCAUCGAGCGUACCCGGAUGUUGCCAUGAUGUCCGAGGAUGAGGAGAACCGCAGCGAGAGCGACGGCAGCUCGGAGCAGAGCUACGGCUGCUGUCUCAGUGCGGAGAAGCGGCGGCAGAUGUCCACGGUGAGCAGUGUGGUGAUAGUAAAGCAACGGAACGCAGCCAACGCGCGGGAACGCGACAGGACGCAGAGCGUCAACACUGCUUUCACGGCGUUACGGACUCUUAUUCCCACCGAGCCGGUGGACAGAAAACUGUCAAAAAUUGAGACUCUGCGCUUAGCCUCCAGUUACAUUUCACAUCUGGCCAAUGUGCUCCUGAUAGGGGACGGAGGAGAGGACGCGCAGCCGUGCGUGAGCGCGGUUUACAGCGCGCAGGGGGACAGCGGAGGAAAGCAGCCGCGCACCAUAUGUACUUUUUGCCUCAGCAGCCAGAGAAAAGGGAUAAAGGACGGGACUGACUGUGUCCGUAUGCGGGGUAUCACGUCAUUGCGCGUGACACGCCGGUAGCAGCGGCAGCGGCUCGUGAGAUAAAGCCGCAACUCAGGGAGCGCGAGAGGUGAGCGAGACUCCUCGCGACGGAGAUUAUCGGGAGACUCGCCAUUCAAACAAGAGUUAAUUUUGAGUUUUCUGUAUCUUUUCCUUGUGUGAUUUGUAUAAAGAUAUGAACAUUUUAAAUG